CCCGUCACCAGUGGGCAGGACAGAACUACUGCGGAUGGGAGGUCUCUGGGCUGGACACAGACACUCAUUUGGGUUGUGUUCCAGUAGUCUUGUCACACGCCAUCAUGCGAGUCAUAGAAGACAAGUGUGUUAUGGCUUGAGGGAUCUGUACAGGAAGUGUAUCUGUGAAACAGAGCUGCAGUCAGUUCAGCGGCAAAACAGUCGGAAUGACUCACUGAGUGGAGACAUUCCCUAAAGAACCUAUGGCCUCCAGAGACAGAUGACAAUGUUGAGACUCACUGUGAACAGGUGGAAAACUGGUUGACCAAACAACCCGGAGUACGGUAUUUCCUGCCCAAACAGUGGGCCACAUAAUCAGAUGUGUCAAACACAGACAGCCCGACAGAGCACUGUAAUGUCCUCAGAAAUCUAGAGCCAUGUAGGUGUAAGUCACACCUAAACAAGUCUCUGCACACAACAGCGCCCCCUGUCUUUCCCACUCUGAACUGCCUCUCUGCGACGGCUGGAGUUUGAGCAGGUGAAUGAGUGGGGAAAUGGCUAAAACUACAGAGGAUCUCAACCUCUCCUUUCUGCUGGAACACGAGAGGGAGACGAUCAUGGCCGUCCUUCAAAAGGACGAGAAGCUGCGGAAACUGGAGGAGAAAAGGAUAAGGAAGCUGAAGAACGAGCUGUUGGACAUGAGAAGUAAGGGUCUGCGGCGCCCCCCUGAGCCGGGAGAGCGGCAGUGCCCGCACUGCCAGAGGACCCUGGGCCUGAUAUUUGACCGCGGCGAGCCGUGUGACGAGUGCAGCCAGCGCGUCUGCUGCCGCUGCCGCGUCUCAGUGUCCCGCGGCCACUGGAGGUGCAUCGUCUGCGCCAAGAUCCUGGAGCUGAAGGUGGUCACAGGGGAGUGGUUUCUGGAAGAGCGGUCAAAGCGGUUCUCCCAGGGAAGCGUGCCCAGCAGCGACAUGGUCAAGCAGAUCAUCCUGACCAGCCCACCAGAUGACAGAAGCACUGAACAUGUCAAGCCACAGUCCAGUCCUAGACCUUGGGAGAAGUUUGACAAGCCCAAGCCAGGCAAGAGCGCCCUCCAAAAUGUGCUGGCUGGGGCGCGGAAGAAAGGGAUGCGUUUGGACAAGAAGAAGGGGCCGGCUCUGAGGGGAGAGAACGGGCUGGACCAAGGGCCUGAGGGCGGAGUCGGGAGCACGGGUUCGACUCCUGAGCUGGAAGCGCGGAGCGUCUGCAGCGGCCGGUCCACGCCUCGCUCCCACAGGGGGAGUGUGAUGGCUCUGGAGGCCUCUGGGUCUCCCACAAUACCCAACAACCUACGCUCUGAAACCUUUGGGAGAUCCCCCACACCCAGCAUCCUGAGUGCAGGCUCCAAGGCCAGCCGAAGACCAGACGGUGCAGAGAGCGUGGCGAGUUUUCGCAGCAGUGAGAGUGUCCCUGAGAAGAUGGCUGCUGGAAACCCCGGCACAAACUCCAGCACACCCACCAUCGCUGUGUCCAAGGCCUCUUUGUCUUCGGAUCGCAGUCGGUCAGAGAUGGACCUGAGCACUGAGACUGAGGUCAACGAUGACAUGCUGAGCCUGAGGUCACAGUCUGUUCCAGGGGACCUGAAUGACCCUGAAUUCUCAGAUGCUGAGAGGGAUGAAGACAUUGAUGCUCUUAUGUCCGCACACGUCCUGGCCAUGGACAGAAGCAUGACCAGCGCCCUGUCAAUGUCCUCCCCAGCUGGCUCAGAGAGAAAGUGGGGUUAUCUCAAUGUUCCCGACUCUGAUGCUGAGACUAAUAGUCUGGGCAGCAUGAUGAGUGUGUACAGUGAGACGGGUGACUACGGCCAUGCCACCGUCAGUGGGGAGAUCCUGCUCCACAUCUCCUACAGCUACAGGACUGGAGCUCUCAAUGUGCUGGUGAAGGAGUGCCGGAACCUGGCCAUCGGAGACGAGAGGAGGCAGCGUACCGACCCCUAUGUGAAGGCCUAUCUCCUGCCUGACAAGUCUCGCCAGAGCAAGCGGAAGACCAGCAUCAAGACCAGCACCACUAAUCCUGUAUUCAACGAGACCUUGAAGUAUGUGAUAAGCCACUCCCAACUGGAGACUCGAACCCUCCAGCUGUCCGUGUGGCACAACGACCGCUUUGGGCACAACAGCUUCCUGGGGGAGGUGGAGGUGGCCUUCGACUCCUGGGAGUUUGAGAAACAGUCGGAAGAGUGGUUCUUACUGCAGCCCAAGGUGGACAGCAGCAUUGACUCUGUGCUGCAGUACAAAGGGGAACUGACCGUGGUGCUGAAGUAUAUUCCCGCUGAGAAGAACCUCAUGUUGCCUCUGAAUCGAGGGCAAGCAAAGAAAGGAUUCCGGAAGAAUAAGAAAGCCAGCCUCAAAUUGGUCAAAGGAGGCAUGGUGGAGCUGCUCAUCAAAGAAGCCAAGAAUCUGACUGCAGUCAAGUCUGGAGGGACAUCAGAUCCUUUUGUUAAAGGGUACCUCCUCCCCGACAACAACAAGUCCACAAAGCACAAGACAGAUGUGGUGAAGAAGAGUGUGAAUCCCCAGUGGAAUCACACCUUCACCUACUGCGGCCUGCAGCCCGAGGACCUGAACAACGUGUGCCUGGAGCUCACCAUCUGGGACAAGGAGCCCCUCUCCAGCAACGUCUUCCUGGGGGGGUUGCGGCUCGGAGCAGGGACCGGUCAAAGCUAUGGGAAUGAUGUUGAUUGGAUGGAUUCCCAAGGGGAGGAGCAGCGGCUAUGGCAACGCAUGAUUGAGAACCCCGAGGUGCCUCAGGAGUGUACCCUCAUGCUGAGGUCCAGCAUGGGCAAACGCGACACGUGAGAGAAACACUGAAUCGUGAGCCUCCCCCAAUUCCCCCACCCGUGACUAUAACCACGCCCCCAAACUCAGGCUUGACCUGGCCUUGAUGCUGUCCUAUCCUCUGAAGGUCUUUUCCGGAAGCUGUAAUAUCCUGCCUUAUAGAAGCCCCUUCGAUCCUGUGUGCUGUGUACUGUAAAACAAUGAUGCUGACCCCCUGGUUUUUAUUUUAGCCAUAACAGCAACCCCAGAAGUUAUUUAGUCACAUCCAUGGUUAAAAAUCCACAUUAUGUCAGAAAUAGCAGCGCAUGCCAUGAAACCCAACUGUCCCCAUAUUCACAUUCACAUCACAUCACAAAUUGUUUCAUUUUCUGUAGUAUGACAAUGAUUCCUUUAGGAAGAAGUUACAUUUUUAAGUCUUUAAAUUAUCGAGUGUCAUAGGUGAAAAUAGUGGGGUCCUCAUUACUGACAAUGUGGAUAGUCAGUUACUGAAACAAUUUUUGGAAAAUGAAUAGUUCAAAGACAAAAACGUUUGCAACAAGGAAACUACAUUGUGUUCAAAGAAGUUUAAGUGAGAACUAUGGUA